CUCGAAGGUCUCGGGGACGGCCGGAACCGCCGCGGCGCAUGCCCCGUCCCGCUUGACCCGGAAGCGGUUCUUUUGUUUCGUGACACGUCGCAGCGGAGGCGGGUGAGGGGCGGCCGCCGGGGGGGUUCUCUCAGCGCUGCGAGGCGGGGUUGCCAGAUAAUUUGCAAUGUCUGGGUUUGACAACUUCCAUACAGAUUUCUACCAAACAAGUUAUAGCAUUGAUGACCAGACACAUUCCUAUGAUUACAGUGGAAGCGGAGAACCAUACAAUAAACAAUAUAGUGGCUAUGACUACUCUCAGCAAAGUGGAUUUGUCCCUCCAGAGAUGAUGCAGCAACAGCAGCCUUACACAGGGCAGAUUUACCAGCCAACACAAACAUACACUCCAACUACAGCACAGUCUUUCUAUGGAAGCAAUUUUGAGGAUGAGCCACCCUUACUAGAAGAAUUAGGGAUCAAUUUCGACCACAUCUGGCAGAAGACACUAACAGUGCUACACCCAUUAAAAGUAGCAGAUGGCAGCAUCAUGAAUGAGACUGAUUUGGCAGGACCAAUGGUCUUCUGUCUUGCCUUUGGAGCCACGUUAUUGCUGGUUGGUAAAAUUCAGUUUGGGUAUGUGUAUGGAAUUAGUGCAAUUGGAUGUUUAGGAAUGUUUUGCCUCCUGAACUUAAUGAGCAUGACGGGCGUCUCGUUUGGCUGUGUUGCUAGUGUCCUGGGAUACUGUCUUCUUCCUAUGAUCCUGCUUUCCAGUUUUGCAGUUAUAUUUUCUUUGCAGGGAAUGAUGGGAAUUAUUCUCACUGCUGGAAUUAUUGGAUGGUGCAGUUUUUCUGCUUCCAAAAUCUUCAUUUCUGCCUUAGCAAUGGAAGGACAACAGCUUCUAGUAGCAUAUCCCUGUGCUUUAUUAUAUGGAGUCUUUGCUCUUAUUUCUGUGUUUUGAACUGACUUCUGAUUACUGGACUUUAGUGGGCCAAACUGAAAAAAAAAAAAUCAACUUGGAACACUUAAUUGGGCCAGCAAACAUCUAUGUCGCUGCUAUCAAGCAAACUUAACUCUUGAAUUGUCUGAUGGAGCAAUGGAAACAAACAUGUCUCAUUCACUUUUAUAGGACUCUUGAAUACUGUUUGAAUUGACCUGCAGUGUCUAUAGCUUUAAGUUUUCAUGCUUAUGCAGUUAAAAAUGUAAUGUUUCUUUACCAUUUCUACAGCCUUUAGAAAAGUAACUUUGGGGAGUUUGGGGGGGUGGGGGAGGAAUGGGGUUGUAGAUAUAUUUUGGUAGGUUUUUAAUCAGCAAAAGUAAAUGAAACUACAGACAUUGCAGUCUUUAUUCAAAAACAAAAAACAAUCUUUGGCCAACCCAAUUCCUGUCACCUCUAUUGCAAAGAGUUUCUCAAGCAAAUUGAAAAUUGCAUAUUUUCUGUAUUUUAACAAAUUCUCUUUAAGCUGUUAUUUAUACAAUGUGUUGGUAUUUCAGAAUUUGAUAUGCAAUUUAAAUUGUCUAAUUUGAAAACAAAUCCUUUAGUCAAAAGUAUACAAAUAAAUUUCAAACUUGAAAUGUGAAUGUGUUUAGAUAUUAGCAUCAGUUUAAGUGGCUAUAUCUUGGGUUUCUCAAGAUUACUUGCAGGAGCUUGUUCUAAUAAUCCACAUAUUAAUGGCUCAAGAGUAGACUACUUUUUUUUUUUUUUUAAAGUAUUUACUUCCAGGGAAGCAUAUUAAAGUGUCAUGGUUGUCAGUAUUGCGGUUAUUGUAAAGGUCAUUUGAUGCAUAUUGAUUAAAUUUUCCCCUAAAUAAUUUUGAGAUGGUGCUGGAGUUGACUUUCUAACCCUCUUUCUGCUUUAUGGUUUUGAAUGACCAUAACAACUAGAGAAUUUCAGAUAUUAAAGUGAAAUUGGAACUUUCACAUUGGAAUAAACCAAACUGAAAUAAAACAGCAAUACUCUUCCCUUCUUCUGGUUACUCUUUUGAUACGUUUGAAUUAGUUUUUUACUCUGCUUAAUCUUGCAGUAAAAGCAUAAACUUGUUUUUGGUGACAGUCAACUCUCAGACUCAGCAUUGUCAUAAUUUCAUGGAAAAAAUAAGUAGGAAAGGGAAGAUGGGUAGUGUUAGCUUAUACACUUGUUGCUUAUUUUUAAAACAUGCAUGAAAGAAACCAUUCUAAUUUUGUUUUA